AUGGCCCACCUCCUUACUUUGAACUAUAAAGGCGACCACAACAAGCCUGACACCAUCCACGAAACCCAAAACUUCGUCGAUAAUGAACUCGUCGGCUCCAAAACAACUAAAUGGAUCGAGGUCCACGACCCCGCAACAAACAAUGUGGUCUCCCGAGUCCCCGAAACAACCCUUGACGAGUGCAAGGCCGCAGUGAUCUCAGCCCAAAAUGCAUUCCCCGCCUGGAGAGACACCAGCAUCAUGAAGCGACAGGAAAUGAUCUUUAAAUUGACCCACCUAGUCCGCGAGAACAUGGAUUCGCUAGCAAUUUCCAUCGUUACUGAACAAGGCAAGACCUUCGCCGACGCAAAGGGCGAUGUCCUCCGCGGACUCCAAGUCUGCGAAACAGCCUGCGGAAUCACCACCCAGCUUCCCGGUGAGGUCCUCGAGGUAGCCAAGGAUAUGGAAACCCGUUCUUACCGUCUCCCGCUCGGAGUUGUCGCCGCGAUCUGCCCAUUCAACUUCCCCGCCAUGAUCCCCCUCUGGAGUCUCCCCAUUGCCAUUGUAACUGGUAACUGUCUAAUUCUGAAGCCGACCGAGCGUGCUCCCGGUGCCACUAUGAUCAUCGCUGAGCUCUGCAAGAAAGCCGGCUUCCCACCGGGUGUUGUGAACGUCAUCCAUGGUUCCAAACCGGCUGUUGACUUUAUCUUGGACGCACCGGAGAUCAAGGCUAUCUCCUUUGUUGGGUCGAAUAAGGUUGGCGAAUAUAUUUAUGAGCGCGGUACCGCGAACGGGAAGCGUGUCCAGGCGAAUCUGGGUGCUAAGAAUCACGCAGCUCUGCUGCCGGAUAGUAAUAAGAAGCAUGCUUUGAGUGCCAUCGCUGGUGCGGCUUUUGGAGCCGCUGGUCAGCGUUGCAUGGCGCUCAGCGUUUUGAUCACAGUUGGUAAGGCCCGCGAAUGGCUGCCUGAAUUGAUUGAGAACGCCAAGGGAUACCAGGCUGGAAGUGGAUUCAACGCCCGCUCUGAUCUGGGUCCAUUGAUCACACCCCAGAGUCGGGAUCGCUGUGUAGAUCUUAUCUCGAGUGCGGAGAAGGAGGGUGCUACUAUCGCCUUGGACGGUCGGGACCAGAAACCUGAGGGUUUCCCUAACGGAAACUGGGUCGGUCCGACUAUUAUCACCGGCGUGAAACCCGAAAUGAGAUGCUACCAAGAGGAGAUCUUCGGCCCUGUGUUGCUUUGCAUUGAAGCCGAUACAAUCAACAGCGCAAUCGAUCUGAUCAACAGCAACGAAUGGGGCAACGGCGCAGUCAUCUUCACCCAAUCCGGAUCUAGCGCAACACACUUCCAGAAGCGCGUCGAGUCCGGACAGGUUGGAAUUAACGUUCCCAUCCCCGUCCCCCUUCCCAUGUUCUCCUUCACCGGUAACAAGCGAAGUGUCGCUGGAACGGGACUGCUUAACUUCUAUGGCAAGGACGGUAUUCGAUUCUAUACACAGUGGAAGACUGUCACGUCGCUUUGGAGAACUGAAGAUGCUACUGAUCUUGAGAAGCCAACCUCGAUGACUUGA